CUGCGUCAGUUCCACUCUUGGCGCUUGUUACGGGUGGUCAGCCCAGCGUCUCCAGUGCCCGACUCACCUGUCUGACACUUGAUGAUGCCCGCCACGUGGGACAAGAAACCCGCCACUGGGCCCCAAGGCGGCUCGCAACCCAAACUGGUGCCGCCUCAAACCCUCAAAGAGCGCGCCUUUCGCUCCCAAACCCUGCAACAACAAGCGCAACGACAUCCGAAACAAUAUACCGACACCGACGCCAGCAGACAAAAUACCCACUACGCCGAAGACGACCAGGCGUUCUGGCAGAACGAGUUCGACAACCGUCUCAACGGCCUUGGGAUCCGCAACGGUCCCGAACGAUUCGAAGUUCGCCGUGGCAAGACCGUUCCCCGGCCUGAUUCCACUCUACAACGUCAACUCUCUCCUCCCCACGACUCCGACGACCCGGAAGCUCCUCCCUCCGGAGAUCUUCCUCCUCGAAACCCACGACGACUCAACCCUCACGACUGGCGCCCAACUUCCUCCAUCUACGGCGACAACGAAACCAACGACCAUCACCACCCGCCCCCUGUACCUUCCAAGUCAAAGACACCUGCCAGAGACAUGUACGGCCGUCCCACAGGCCUCGACAUCUCCCCGCCCAGCUCGCCUGACAUCAGCGCUGCAAAAUACGGAGGGUAUCACGAAGAUGUCUCACCCAUUGACGACAGUCCCGAUCAGUCUCAGCAGGAGCUGCUCCACGAUGCUAGAGACACUUCUCCGCAGGCGCCCCGGAGCCAUAUCCCGACGAUGCGUCGCGAGAAGCAGAGCGAUGCCGUUCAGCAUCCUUGGGAAGCAGUCCCUAGUGCGAUCAGAGGGCCCACCGCAGGCCGUCCAGAGUUCGGACUCACUACCACCGUCACCGGGCCCCAGGUCCAUCGAUCUGGCAACCCUGCAACAACAUUUGGUCAGCGCAUGCGACAACUCACCAGAGGAAAGACGGAGCCCGUGGAGAGUCGGCCUCCGUGGAAUGGAGCAAGCGGCCGUGCACCACUCGUUGAGCCUGUCCGGGAUGAUUUAGCCGCUCCACCUCUGAAUAUUGGACGUCGAAAUAGCAAGCGUGGCGCGCGGACUGGUGGUGUGUCGCCUGAAACGUCCAAUACCGCGGCCGCAACUGUCCGAAGAUUGCUGCCCUCCAGGUCCAACCAAAAGCUCAAGGAGACUUCCAAAACACCUUCUCCAGAGCCUAGUUCGCAUAUGGCCCCCUCCCACGCAUAUCCCAGCCCUCCCUACAACGACUCUCCAAUUUCGCAGUCUCACCCCCCUGCCUUGGCGAGCCACCCCGCGCAGAUACCCCCCCGCCUCGCUCCCAAUCUACCUGACCCGAACAAGGCCAUCAGGAGAAAGCCGUCGCCGUCGACUCAUGUUCAAUCUCACAACCCGCAUCACUCAACUUCUAGCUCCGUUUAUACGGCCUACACUGACCAGAGCGUGGCGACAUACGUCCCUCACCUGUCUACGGCAGCGCCGACGAGUCCCUUCACAGCUGAGGACCCCUGGGUGCCUCCACCCUCCCGUUUCAGCGUCACCACGUGCAACACAGUAAUUCCAGACUCUCCUCGAUCAAUCGACGAAGACCGCCCUCCGAUGCCUCCGAUGCCUCCUGCGCAGCAGCAGCUCCCUUCAGUGAUGGACCGUAGGAGGCCUGUUCCUGGAAACGAAAGCGCCAAGUCACCUACAGAUGAGCCCAUCGUCAUUUCCAUCAAGUCCACUCUUUCGUCGAGCAAGGCGGGAGCUGACCGGGCCAACGCUGAUCGUCCCAUUUCCAUCACGUCCACUACCAAGGCUCUCCCCCUCGCCCCUCCGGAGAUGCAGUCCGCAAACGACCGUGUUGCAUAUCUCAACGCUCGGCUCGAAAGCUUAGCCCAUCGACGGACCAACAUCAACAGGGGUAUCAAGCAAAUGACGGAGUUGAUGCCAACGGACAACUUGAUGUCCAGCACCGAAGUUUUGCGCAAGCGAGAGAUCGAGAAACAAAAGGUGGAGGAUCUCAAGGAAGAGCUGUCAGAGAUUCAGAGAGAGGAAUAUGAUUUGGGCUUGAAACUCUACCGGGCCAACAAGCGUCUGGAAAGAGAGUCUGACUUCGAGGGAUCAGCACUCUGGGUAAGGAGGGCCACAGGCUGAGGGAGGUCGGUUGGCUAUGUUUGAACACUGUAUUGGCGGUUAAAUGGGGAAUCAAGGGUCAACUCUUGGGGGCACUAUGGACACGGCGUUAGGGUUUCUCAUGCAUAGCAGGGGAGUCUAUUCAGUUCCAUUCUUGUUUUGUUAGCGUUAUAUCCGCCCUGCUGGCCUGGCGAUGUUUCAGAUGAUACCUAGAUGUCUCGGGGUCAACUCGAGCCGGUUGAGAAUUGAAGAUGUAUUAGCC